AUGAAGAAUCACAAUACUUCACCAAAUACGCGACAAACCCUAAACCACCCCAAAACGCCUUCUCAUCGAAAUGAGAUUCCAAUUGUCCAAAACACUUUUUUGAUUUCGUUGUUGAAUCUAACCCACAAAAUUACUCUUUUUCAGUCUUCAAAACACAGGCGGCUUGAAGUCCAAAACAUUGACAUAGAAAGUGUUGAAGAUGACACUUCCAAAAAUUCUCUCUACAAAACGAUAGAUGAAAAAACAUAUGCUGGAGAUGUUGAGGCAUUUUUCAACCCUAAAAACAGAUUUCUGGCGGAGUACUCAACGUACCUUGUUGACAAAUUGACGUCUCUUGGCGCAACAUUCAACAUGAAAAUACAAAAACAUAUUCACACAUUUAAUGUUAUUCAAUCAGUCACAUAUGACGGUCUUACUUUUUCAGAAAAAGACGUUUUGAGAAAAGGAUUCUUUAUUAAUAAAAUAUUGGUCAAAAGAAUCAAGGACAACGCAUCACAAGACAAGGCUGUGUUAUUCCCAAAAGACUUGGAACUUAUGUCUAUUAUCAUCAAUGUGUAA